GUAGCCCCGAGGUAAUUAUGCUAGCUCAAAAUGUUUGGUUUUUCUUUUGCUUAGCUUCGAACAAAUGUCAUCAAUACUUGGCCUCUACAGUGCUGCAUUCGCAAGACGUCCAAUGGCUACUCAAAGUGCUACCUCUGCUGUUAUUUUUGGUGCCGGAGAUGUUAUAGCUCAGCAACUGGUUGAUAGGAGAGGUCUUCGGAAUCACGAUCUUAUCAGGACCGCACGAUUUGUUUUCUACGGGGCGUGCUUUCCUUUUCGUGCUGUUGUUUACAAAGUAACCCUGGACCAGCUAGUUGCGGCACCUUUCAUUACAGUGCCCAUGUUCUUUGGUUCGAUGAGUAUUUUAGAAGGCCGUCCCGACGAAGCUAUUCCAAGGAUAAAAAAUUCCUACGUCCCAACAUUGACGCGCGGUUGGUGUCUUUUUAUACCUGCGCAAAUCGUCAAUUUUGCUUUUGUUCCGGUAUCGAUGCGCAUAUUAUUCUUCAGCACCGUUGCGUUAUGUUGGAACACCUAUCUUUCGUUCUUCAAUGCGGAACAAAGGCGACUGCAGGAGCAAUCCGAGAAUUUACCAUAACGUUGUCGCGAAUGUGGUCAAUGCCAACUAUUAUCCGUCUGACAGACGAGCGCAGAGUCACAAAACUAAUGGUGGAUUAUUCGUGAACCAUUUGACGUCCCUUUCUUGUCCGAUUGACUGCAUUUGACAUCCGAGUUGCUUCCGAAAUCUCUUCGCAGUACUUAACCAUAAUAUUCCGUGGCCACGAAACUUAUCGAAUAACUCUGGUUUACUAUGCAUUCCUAUCGCCUGGGCUCAGUGACCGCAAUAUA